UCCCCGCCUCAAGCCAGAUCACACAUUCCCCUCGCCGUCGCGCGUAAUUCCAACCAAUCUAUUCGCACUUUCGUCUUACCACUAUGGUUGCCACGCAUGUCACCACCCCCGAGUCCUCUGCGGGCCCUUCGACUUUGAAGAACCAGACGGCAUCACCCAAGAAGAAGGCCAGGAUCGCGGAGGACACUGAGAUGCGCGACUCUGGGGACGAGUCGCCGAUGGAGGAUGCUGAUGAGGAGAUGGAGGAGGACGCACAGAUUGAGGCCCCCUCCUUCCCCGCCCUUCCCGCCAACGCUGGCCAGUCACGCCUAAAAUCCGAGUCGCGCCGCAUCCCCAUCCCCCCACACCGCAUGUCCCCCCUCAAGCGCGAAUGGAUCAACAUCUUCGGACCCAUGACGGAGCUCCUCGGCCUGCAAGUGCGCAUGAACGUGCAGCGGCGAUGCGUGGAGAUGCGGACCUCCGAACACACAAAAGACAUCGGUGCGAUUCAAAAGGGCGCUGACUUCGUCAAGGCCUUCGCCCUCGGCUUCGACGUCCAGGACGCCAUCGCCCUCCUCCGCAUGGACGACCUCUACCUCGACUCGUUCGAGAUCAAGGACGUCAAGACGCUGCAGGGGGACCAUCUGUCGCGCGCGAUUGGCCGCAUAGCAGGCCAGGACGGCAAGACCAAGUUCACAAUCGAGAACGCGAGCAGGACGCGUAUAGUGCUCGCCGACACAAAAAUCCACAUCCUCGGCUCCUUCGCUAACAUCAAGGUCGCCAAGGACGCCAUUGUCUCUCUCAUCCUCGGUUCGCCACCAGGCAAGGUGUACGCCAACUUGCGGACCGUCAGCGCGCGCAUGAAGCAAAGGGCGUUGUAACUGCUCAUCGCGACGUUGACGAGGCUUAUAGUGCCUCGAGCAUCGGCUGUGCUCUAUAAUCCCGCAUCUACGUACUUUUGUUCUUGUUGUAUGGCCUGAGUUGGAUAUCCCAUUUCUAUUCAUGAUCCACAUUCAUGUGUGCAUUAGGUGCGUGUGUUGAGAAGGUACGAUAGAGGUGAGUGUACGAGUAAAAUAGUGGACCGUAGAUAUACACGUUAGCAUGUGCUACAAGUGUGGUAGCGGUAGC